AUGCGAGCUUGUGUGUGUGUGAGGGCGAGAGAAAGAGAGAGUGGAAAGAGAGCUGAGGAGAAGAGAGUGCUGAGAUCCUCUGUGUGUCAGUGGAAGCUGUUUCUGUCUCUCUGGAUUUUAGCAGAGGCUGCCUCUGCCUCUGGUAGGGAGGAGAGAGAAGUAGAAAGAGAGAACAAGGGAGAAACAGAGAGCGCGAAGGAGGGAGAGCGAGAUAGAGAGAGAGCGAGAGCGUGAUCUUUCUCUCGAUCUCUGCUGGAGCACAAGGAUCUAUGCUGAAUACUUCGUCACUCUUUCUCCUCCUCCUCCUCUCGUUCACCGGACUCCUCUUUAGAACAGAGGGAAACCUCAGACUUGGCGCUCAUCCGUUGCCGUGGCAAUGGGCUGUCGGCUCUCAGGGCCGUGGUUCGGCGAUGGAUUGGGGGUCAGUGGGCGGGAUCUGAGUCAACUGACCAAACGGGAUCUUUCCCACCUGAGUAAACGCGAUGCUCUUAGAAUCCUGGCUGCCUAUGAGCAGCCAAUCACAUUGCAGAUCAAGAGCCAGCGUGGGAGGGGUUAUGGACUACAGGACUGCAGCACACAGACUGAGAGACACUGGGAGCCUCUCACCCUGCCCCCCCACCUGGCCUUGCGCAGUCUGGGUGUCACAGCAGCCGGAACCAUGCCCAGGGUCAACCCUGCCUACCAGGACAGACACUACUGCAGCCACAUGAGUCUGCCUCGUGAUCACCGUGACAACGGGAGAUAUGAGUAUCUACCUACCGCUCCACAAGACACAGAGGAGUUGGAUCCACUUGGUUACCAGGACCUGGAGCUGGCCAGUCGUGUUCCGAGGGAUCAGAGCUGUCUGAUUGGCUGCUGCAACAACCUAGAAGAGCCCAGCAGUUACCACAGCCAGACUGAGGAUGAGGACUAUAUGUUGGAGAAACCUCUGGGCUACCUGCCACUCCACCAUGAGCUGGACAGUGGCCUGGGCUGGACCGACGGUAGCCUGCACCAGGGAGACCUUUCUGGCCUGGAGACAGAGGAGGGGGGUCUGGAGGAAUGUCACCCCAGGGGAGGGGGCCUGGCGGUCAGUGGAGGAGGGGGUGGAGGUGGGGGGUCUCCAUCCUCUGAGUCCUUCAUCUCGUCUGAGCUGAGUGACUCGGGGUUCUACAGCGUGAGCACGGGAGAGUUCCGUCGCUUCCAGAGGCUGUUAGAGAAGCGCAUGUGCCUGUACAAAGCUCGUCUCCACCACCAGAGGGAGCUGUGCGAGCGGGAGCGCCGCGACAGCUGCCAGAAGAACCACAGAGAGCUGCUUGAAGCCAUCCCUGAGGCACUGACCAUGCAGCCCCAGCCCUCCUGCUCCAUGCCUGGCCUGGCCGCUCCAUCCAUGGGCCCCCCACCCCACGGACUCUUCAGGGUGUCGUCCGUCCAGUUCCGGAAGGCGGAUCGUCCCUGUCUGAGCAGACAUAGCUCAAGCAGCGGGUCCCUAUUCAACCCUCACCACGCCCCUGCGCCCCUCUCUGCCCAUGCGCCUGUCCUCUCCACCUGCAGUACCCCAUCCGGCCACCGCAGGCCGCCACCUCCACUGCAGCAUCAGGGCUCCAGCUCAAUGGGGCAACUGCGGAGAAGCAGAACCCUGCACCACCGUGGCCCACCCCAGGAGCGUGUCAGACGGGCCAGUCACCCGUCAUCCCCCUCCUAUGCCACCCUGGAGCAUUGUGGGGUAGCGCCACCUAGAGGCCUGGAGCUGGGCCUGCCUGAAGAGGGAGAAUCAGAACUGGUCCUCACACACCCAGCAGGAUUGGCCAUCUCACCCCAGCAACAUGCAACCUCUCUGGGGGAACACAGAGGAUCUGUACCCUUACCAAGGGGACAUUACUGCGACAAUAGUGGAGGUCGUGAUCAGCUGGUUAACGACAGGAGGCAGCAGGAGAGGAGCUUUAUGUCAGAGAUACCAGUGCGGGAGAGGGAGCAAGAGAGAGAAAGAGAAAGAGAAAGGGAGCGUGAGAGGGAGCGUGAAAGAGAGCGAGAAAGAGAGCGAGAAAGAGAAAGAGACAGGGAGCGAGAAAGAGAACGAGAGAAAGAAAGAGAGCGGGAAAGACAAAGAGAAAGAGAGGUGCGCCGCUUCAGCACCCUCAGCCACCCUCCCCAUACAUCCAUGGACAUCCAUGAGACAUGGCCUAAACCGGCCAAUCGGCUGUCCCACCAGGGGUCAGGGGGUGGUGGGGGCCUCUACAGCACCCUGGAGGGCCACACGGGGGUCGGGGCUGGGGUCGGUGGAGGGUCCAGGAAGUGCCCCAAUCCUAACCCCAACCCGACCCCCAACACUAACUCCAACCAUCCUAACCCGAGAGCUGUGAGGAACCAGAUUCUUCGAGACCGGGCGUCGCAGCUAGCGGACGAGCGCAGCGGGAUGAGUACGGAUGAGGAGAGUCAGGAGGUGAUGAGGGGGAGGUACUGGAGCCGCACAGAGAGACGGGAGCACCUCCUACUGGCCCGUGAGCAGAAACAGCAACAACAGCAGGCUCGAGGGCAACAGGCUUACACAAGGCCAGGAGCCAAUGGAGGAUCAGGUUCUCUGAGAGAGGCAGGCGUCAACACUAGAGGAGGAGCUAUGGGAGGAGGAGGGAGAGGAGUUAUUCAAGAGGAAGAGGCUAUGUCUGGAGGGGGAGGGUCUUUGGGAGAUGGCCGGUGCAACACGGUGCUGGAGCUCAGCCAAAGGAAGUUGAGUCGUCUGCAGAACAGGAAGCUGUUAGAUGAUUGGACGACGGUGGAGGAGCUGCUGACUCAUGGGACAAGGCUGGGUACCCGAGACGAGAUGUCCCUCUGUCCCAGCUCACUACUGACUGUCACUACUGUAUAGGGUGUGUGUGUGUGUGUGUGUGUGUGUGUGUGUGUGUGUGUGUGUGUGUGUGUGUGUGUGUGUGUGUGUGUGUGUGUGUGUGUGUGUGUGUGUGUGUGUGUGUGUGUGUGUGUGUGUGUGUGUGUGUGUGUGUGUGUGUGUGUCUGCACCAUGUCUGGCUGCCUCAUGCUCAUGGGUUUUGAAAAAUACUUUUCUAAAAUACAAUAGAGAGAAAUAGUAAUGGCGUCUUUUUGUAGGCACUAACUCCGCCAUGGUUCGUUGAACAAAGCCGAUGAGGAAAAUGAAUGGCAUUUUUGUAGGGGUUUUGGAUAAAUGCCGAAAAUAAGGUCUGUGUGGAAACGCUGGCUAAGGAGAUCUUAUACAUUUUGUUCUGUGAGAAUCUUCAUCAGCUAAUGCCACUUUUUGUGAAUUUUGUUGUUAUAAAAAAACAUAAAUAACAUAAUUCAUAAAGGUCACGUUAACUGACUGCUAUUAUCUCAUUGGGUAUUUGUUCCAAAACUCUUUCCCCAUUCACUUUUCCCAUCGGGAUGGAUGAAAGAACCAGAGGUAACUUAUUUCCGGGUUUUAAGACUACAAGCUGGCGAGCUCUAUACAGUAUCAUGUCAUUUUGUUGCUUUUAUCUUUGGGUCAUUUUUUAAUGUAAAAAAAGUGACUGGUGACAUUGAUGAAACAUUGACUUUUACGCCUCAACUAACAACGUGACUGAGAUUUCUAAAAAGCAAUACGGCACCGUAAGAGAAUCCGCCAGAACAACGCUCGCUGGACAUGAGAUAAGAAGUCAUCUGACACCGAUGCCACAGCACAGCAAGCGUAGCACUGUGUAUUCAUUGAUAACCACCCCGCUCAAUCGACGUGUUUUUAACACCGAGAUCCAGUUUACAGUCUUAUAGGGGUAGGGUGUUGCAGUGGAAGAUGUUUGUACCCGUACCUGAUGUGAUUGUGCUCAACCCGCCUGGUACCCUUGAUUCCGCAACAACCAACCCAACCCUCUCCACCCUAUCGUUGGCUUGACGUUUACGUGACCUGUUUCCGGGGAUAGAUACUGUAGAGUAGAUAGAUGGAGUAGAGUAAGCUGACGCUGAGGCUGGCCAGAGGUUAAUGGUAAAUAGUUGUGGUACUUGGAGGCCUCUGCAGGUUAGGAGUCAAUUAGGCCCAGGAAAGAGGCUGGUGUUUUUACAAUUAACCCACAGAACAUUGACUGUACAGGGAAGGGACACUGUCCAGUGGAAUGACUGUAGAAUGAUCUAUUGCUGUUGUUAUUUAGAUCACAAAGCAUUCAUGGAAGAUUACGAAUGAAAUUGUUUGUUGUAGUCGUGUAGAGCCUUUCCAGAUAUAACACUCACAAUCCAUGGAAACAACAAACUUUUUUUUUUUUUUUUUUUAAUAGUUUGAAAAGAGUCUGGCUUUAUUAAUGGUUUGAAAGGAGCGGACCAGGAUUCUGUAUAUUGGUCUUAGCUGGCUAUGUAUAGCCUUGUUCCUUCUGUGUUAUUGUCUUCUGUACAUAUUCAUUAUGGAACGUACCGUACAAGGCUAGGGUACAGGGUCGACAAUGGGGUGUUAGGCUCUAGUUGCCGAGGGCCACAAUGUCUGUAAAAUUGUAUUUCUCCCUUGAUUGAUAAGACAGAAGGGGGUCAGAUGUAUAAUAAAAAAAAUGACAUUUUAAAAAGGCUUUAUGUCAGGGUUAUGCAGACUUAUGUCAGGGUUAUGCAGACUUAUGUCAGGGUUAUGCAGACUUAUGUCAGGGCUAUGCAGGAUUAUGUCAGGGCUAUGCAGCCCUGUUAACUCAAGGUUCACUGUGUUAGGUACUACUCACACUGUCAUUGAUAACUUAAUGUAAUAAUAAUAGGUGUGAUUUGCUUUGUGAUUAGUGUCGUCAGCACUCGUCAUUAGUGGCACAUGGCGCUACAGGAUCACACACCUUAAUGCAGUGAGUGUGUUUCUCACACACUCUCACACCGCGUGUGGUUCUUACACUUACACACACACAGCAAGAAAGACUCACACAUGCCUGUUGUGUGAGCUGAGAGAGGCAGAGGAAGAGGGAAAUGGAAGAUAGAGGGAGAGGGAAAUAAAUACUGAGAGAAAGAGAAUGAGGGAGGGAUGGAGAGAGAGAGCGUGAUGGAUUCGUCGCUCUCUCCUCGAGGUGUUCCACGUCACACUCGGCAUGACUCAAAUGCUCAGAAUAAUGGAUGAAAAACGACAGGAUUUAUUCCCUCCAUCCCCUCCUCCAUUUCUCUCUAUAUAUACUGUAUGAUGAGGAUUAUUAAGGCUGAAAAUAGCCUUCCUUUCCUGUGAGAAGUGAAAUCGCACAGGAGAGACGCUUGGUGUGGAGGGGGGGACUUGUGAUUUAAAGUGGUGCACACCUCUGGUUCCUCUCCCUAUUCUCACUAUACUGUUUUCCCCUCGGACAGGGCUCCAAACGUCUCCCACACCGUAGCGUCUGCGAAACUCUUUUGUUCUGUUCGUUUUCACUUUUCAGAAGACUCUUUUUGGGGGUAGGAUGAUGAUGUACAUGUGGUUGUAAUAAAGAGAUUUUAAUUAGCUA